AUGAGACGGAAGAAAGUAUUCGGAGAGUCCUCGUCCCUUGCCGACUACCACUUGGCAGGUUCUAUUCUGUUUAUAUAUAUCCCUGUGAUGUUGUUGGUCCUUCUUUACUCCAUCAUCAUCAUCAAGCUCAAGGCACAGUUACACCCAGGUGAACAGUCCGCGAACACUCAGCAACAGAGGAUCAGACGAAACAGAAACGUGCUUCAAUUGUCCAUUGCUAUCGUGUUAGUUUUUGUGUUUUGCUGGUUACCUAAUACUACUAACUUUUUAAUCAUACGGUAUCGAGCCAGUUCCAUACAUUUUUCCUGUGGUUUUUGGCUAUACUAUUAUGUCACCUACUAUAUAGCGGUCGGGUACUGUGCUAUCAACCCGAUUAUUUGCUUUGUUUUUAGCAGUAAUUACCGACAAGGUCUUAAAAGACUCAUGAACUAUUCUUAACUGUUAUGUUGGACAGGCGUAAGUCGCAAAAAUUUGCUUGUGAAGAAUGUUAAGAGUUGGAGGUUCGUGGAACCGCACUUUAGCACUGUUCUUAACUUUUGUACAGGCGACAGUUGCAAAAAUUUGCUUGUGAAUGAAUAAUAUAUGUUAAGAGUUCGAGGUUCGUGGAACACUUGCAAAUGAAAACUAAUGUAUCCUGCUAGUGUACGAUAAGGAGGUUAGUAAAAUGUAUUCAUUAUAUGCAUGUCUGUCCUGACUUCAGCAGUAACAAAACAAUUAAACAAUUUACAUCCAAGACGGGAGGAGAACAAUGCCUUUCAGUUUUUAUUAAAACGGUGCUAACAGAUUUGAAGUUACAGCUGAUGGAGUUCUUUGAAAUUCGUACGUAAUAUCUUCCGAGCAUUUAUAACUUUUCUUAAGUUAAAAUUUCUGAGAGAUUUUUCACUUAUUUCCGAUAUUAAAAAGAGGAAUAUCUUGUCAAAAGGCAGGAUGAUGCCUAGUUUUGAUGAUCAUCUACCAUGUGUUACAUUUUAUAUAAUACGAUGGUACUGCUUUUAUUUGACUGUUGUGCGGUCGUCUGGGAUAGCUGUGGCCAGGGUAGUAAAUCCUACUUAGACUAGCCUGCAGUGUAGCCGUACCGCGUAUUUUGGGCGGGCGACAGCUGCUUGUUUAUGUUCGUACCGUUGAAGCCGCCAUCUUUGAUUUUAUAACGGAGGAAGAUUGGGGAGAAAAUUGCGCUUCCACGAGCAAAAACAUUCGCGCGCACUUUUUGCGCGACCGAAGGAACCGCUUGCACUGCAGACUAUACUUAGACAAGCUUAAUCGCCGUGCUGCAUGUAUAAUCGAGAGCCGUCCGGCAGUUAAGGCUGAAGAACUAUCUACUGUAUUUGGCUCACCAUCUGCAAGCACUCCGUAACUUUCUAAAUCUGCAUGUCCUUGUCUAUAAGUGUAUCAACGGAAUAGCAAAAUAACUUCUGACCGGUCAACGGUUUUUUUGUUCGUUAAGGAUUGUUUUUCAUUUAUUUGCAAAUUAGGAGGACCAUCAAUAUAAUAUUUCAUGUUUAUUAGUGUUCUUUAUAAAAAAUGUUCAUCCUAAUCACCCGGGGGGGGAACUCCCAUAUGAAACAGACGGGGAUGCUCGUCGUCUCGCUUAGGGGUGUAAAUUUUGGAUUUUGGUCUCGUUUAGGGUGUUCCGGGCAAAGCGCUAAUAUUUUAAGCCGCCAAGGUCUCGUUUAGGGUUCCGCGAAGAACUUGAGAUUUAUGACAAUGCUUUUAAAAACUAAUUUUAGAUAAAAGCAUUCGAUGAUUAUGUCUUUUUAUCAUUAAAACUCAUUGCAUGUCGUAUUUGUGUGUUUUCAAGCGGUCUCUUUUAGGGGUCAAAAUUUGCUUAAGCCACGCCCAGAUUGGUCUCCUUAAGGGGUCACAAAAAGCUUGAGCCACGCCCAGAUGGUCUCCUUUAGGGCUUAAAUUCAAAAUUUCCGACGAGCAUCCCCGUCUGUUUUAUAUGGGAGUCCCUCCCGGGCCUAAUCACUGCCUAGUCAGCAUUCAAUCGUUUCAGUCAUUCAACCCCGCAUUUCCCCUGAGGCUGAAUUCAAAGUCCUCUCCUGACUUUUCAUUUUGCUGAGUUUUAUUGGGUAUAAUUAUUUCAAGUGAUUAACAAUCCGCAAAGUCAAUUAGACAUAUGACUACUGAAUACUAAUGAGUUUUAGAAUUGUCAUUUUAAUUUAUGGUCAUUAAUGGAGAAGUUAAGCAUCACGUUUGUGUCAAACGGCAAACACGAAUUUGUGCCACGUAACCAAGUUUCCUCUUUACAGUAUCGUUCGGGGUUUACUGUCCCCUGCUAGCAGAGGUCUCUCACGACGAGGCAAAAAUGAGUCAUUUUUGCCUCGUCGUGAGAGACCUCUGCUAGCAGGGAAGGUUUUCUGUUCAUUAUUUCUACACCUUAAUAAGUAGUUGCACGCAGUUUUUUAUCCAUAAGAAUUGUUUUGAGCUGUUUUUAUCUGCUCAUUUUCUAUUCAUAUUUUGAGAAAUCCUCAACUUGAAUCUGACGUUUGCUGUUUGCCGUAUACAUGAGGCUUAAGCUCUCCAUUAAUCGGAUUGGACUGUGACCAUUUGAAAAUGUCUUUUAUAUUCAUUUUGUUGGCUGGAUAAAUUUUAACUACCUGUGUUUAAAUAUGAGUCAAUUUGUUGAACAAAUUGUCUCGUUAAUGAUCGUAAUUUCCUCACACCACAACUGUUUAAAAUGUUCUAAGCACGUAUUGCUUUUCGAAUGUCUUUCAAUCUAUUCAAUCACCACACCUGCCUAAAAUGAGCUCGAGGUAUUUCCUCAAGCUGUGUAUUUCUUCUUUUUAUUGCAACCACUUUAUUCUCUUUAUAAUCCUUUUUAGCAUAUACUAAAACAGUGGACAGUGUUUUUCGCGCGCUCUGAUUGGCUACUCAAUCAGUGAAUAUCCUGCACUAUUCACUGAUUCACCUCCAGUUCCUCCGAGCGAGCGAACGACGCCAAACUCGCGUAGGUUGCGAGCAAAAUGCCUUCCCGUUUGCUGCGGUAACAAACUAAGAAAUUUCACAACUAAUCAAGCAAGCUAUUUCCGAAAUACAUGAAGAAGGUGACGAAGUUCGGUUUGGAAGUUUUAACAGGUAAAGCUUUGUCUUUUUUACUUGAAUUUAUCGAUAAAACCGGUGAAAAAGUUUUUUGUUUACAAAUGCAAAUUAAGCUUAUAAGUCUUGGGUUAUUUUAUUUAGUUGACUUGUUCAUAAGUAAGCUUAAAACUAAAUUUAAUAAUCUUUUUUACAGAAUUAUUUUAAAUACAAAAAGAAUUCACACCUCCUUUUGAAGAAACUUUCCCGCAAGAGCUAAACAAACGCCUUUAAAAGUUUUAUUUGUCGCUAAGAAAAAGCGACGACCUCGGCCGUUCGGUCAUCGAGCGCCAAAGUUGUAAUCGUUGGCAGUUGGCAACAGUAAAUGAGUUAAAAAUCAUCAUUUUUGUGCUCAAUUAUCUCACUGUUUUAGUAUAUACUAAAACAAUUAUUCACCUCAGUGACGGUGGCUAGUAUUGGAUAUUUUCCUCGCCGCUUCGCGGCCUCGGUAAAUAUCCAAUACUAGCCACCUCCACUUCGGUGAAUAGUUGUUAUCUAUAUAACUCAUAAAUAAAAUGGCCAUUAAUCGGGUGUGUUUAUCAGUUUAACUGAACUUACAGGAUGUGUUUAUUGAGCAGCAGAUCAGUGUCUUUAUUGAACUACGCAAGAAAAAAAAAAACAGCUCCCUUCCAACUUACGCAACAGGACGGGAGAGGGAGGAAAACGGCAAACCCUGUGUGACAAGCGUGACAAUAAUUUUGCUUGAAAACUUCAGCUUCCUUUUAACAGAUCUUUUUGUAAAAGACCAGAAAACAUUAAUGUCAAUCACGACAAAACACGCGAUUAAUAGCCCUGUCACGUUUGUCACAGACAAGCGUUUUGCCUUCCUCUUCUUUCUGCCGUCCUGGUGCAGUAAACUAACUUUGAUACUCUAAGAAUCAACUGACCGGAACAGGGAAGUUGUUUUGGCUUAUCAGUAACAACACGAAUUCAAAACCGAUUCUACAAAGUUCGAUUAACAACGACGCUUCAUCAUGACAUAAUCAGCUCAGCAUGAAAGAUAAGCUCUAAAAUUUAUUGGUAUUUAUUGACGUCUGCGGUGCCAAGACUUGGCAGGGGCGGGGCAUGUUACAGACGUUUGUAAAGUGAGAGGGGGCAAGUUCAAGCCCCCAACUGCACGCAAACGAGUGUAAAAUUUCGCGAUUUUCUGGAGCAAAUCUUCACUCGCUCUGAACCUAUCACCUUUAAACUUUGAUAAGUUUCCUAAUUUUAAGCCGCUCUUUCCAGCAGGAUCAAUGGAUCCGAUUCGCUAAAUUGUCUUUAGCAAAACUUAAAAAAAUCGGGAAAGGGUCUAUCACCUGAUCGGAACAGGGAAGUUCUUUAGGCUUAUCAGUAUCAACGUCAGUAUAAUACUGAUUCUACAAACUUCAAUUAACGUCGCGUCAUACGUCAUCAGCUCAGCAUCAUGAAAGAUAAGCUCUAUAAUUUAUUGGUUUUUAUUGACGUCUGCGGUGCCAAGACUUCGCAGGUGGCAUGAAAUUCUUAAAGUUCUUAAUCAGGUAGUAUUUGCAAUAUUGAGCAGUAGAUAUCUAUAGUAGGUACUUAACUGAAUGCGGAGCACAGUGCUGUAAAAGAGGUCAGCAAACAUGAACUCAACAACAGGGAAUGGAUCGAUUGAGUCCGCUUCAAGAUGCGUUAGUGCAACAGCGUACAAAAUCGAACUGACCAUUGCUUUGAGUCUUAUCAUUGCUGUUUCACUGACGGGAAAUUCUUUCAUUGUAUUGAUCGUUUAUAAAACGCCAACAUUACGAAAACCGAUAAAUUAUUUAAUCGCAAGCAUGUCCAUGUCUGAUCUGUUAUAUUCAAUAAUCUGGAUCCCAUAUAAGCUGUCAAAGUUGCACACAAACUCUUGGCUGAUCGGUGGUCAGUUUGGCCAGGCCUUGUGUAAGCUUAUCCCCUUUUUUGCUGACUUUUCCACUAUCGUUUCGAUUCAGAAUCUGGUCUUAAUAACAGUGGACCGAUUUGGAGCAGUGGUAUUUCCACUACGUUCCCCAUUCCUCAGAUUCAAGCUGUGCCCGUUCUUCAUUUCGGCCACGUGGAUAGUCGCAGCCGCGGUCUGUUCGACAACUUUGUUCGUCAAGAAACUCGUUGAAUACUCAGCAGGGGAAAUGAUCUGCGUGGUGAGAUGGGAGGAAGCAUUCGGAGAGUCCUCGUCCUUUGCCGACUACCAAUUGGCAUGCACUAUUCUGUUUAGAUACAUCCCUGUGAUGUUGUUGGUCCUUCUCUACUCUAUUAUCCUCAUCAAGCUCAAGACACAGGCACAUCCAGGUGAACAGUCUGCGAAAAGUCAGCAACAAAGGAAAAGACGAAACACAAACGUGCUUCAAAUGUCCAUUGCUAUCGUGUCAGCGUUCGUGUUUUGCUGGUUACCUUAUUCUACUAACAUUAUCAUAAGGUACCAAGCCAGUUCCAUACAUUUUUCCUGUGGUUUUUGGCUAUACUAUUAUGUCACCUACUAUAUAGUGGUCGGGUACUGUGCGGUCAACCCAGAUUAUUUGCUUUGUUUUCAGCAGUAAUUACCGACAAGGUCUUAAAAGACUCAUGAACUGUUCUUAACUGUUAUGUUGUAUAGGCGUAAGUCGCAAAAAUUUGCUCUAGAAUGAACAUGAUAGGAAUUGGAGGUUCGUGGAGCACUUUAGCAAAUGAAAACUAUGUAUCCUGUUAGUGCCUGUAAGAAGUUUAGUAAACAUCAUCUGUCCAUUGAAUGUAGCUGUCUUGACUUCGAAAAUGGGCAGCAUGUAUGGCUCAAGUUUAAAGUGUUUCUAUGGCAAAGGAUUCAGAAUAAAUACUUAUACUUAUCUGAUGUUGAUUUCUAGUUCUAUUAAGUUUCAGAGCGAAUUGGGCGGCGGUGGCAUCAUCUGACCUCACAUACAGUGUAGCAAUACUGUCGAAGACACAACACAGAAAAUUGGCUUCAAUGCAUUCGAAAAGGUCGACCACUCUUAGCGGAUCCUCUAAAAAACAGCUCGAUUUUCUCUUGCAAAACCUUUUGUUUAAAGGCCCGGUCCAGACGCCGAACUUUUCAUGAGCCAAACCUAAUUCGAAUUAAAAGGCCGACACAAAUUAUUUAGGCCGGCUGAAUUCAGACUUGAUUCCAAACUCUGGUUUAAAGUGCUUGCAAAAUACGUUAUGAUACUGAAUUUAUGCUUAAGUUCGGCACAUGAAAUAUUCGGGGCUAACAAGCAGCCAUAGGCAAGUUUCUUAAGAAUUGAAUUUUACCUUCUUCAUUAAAAAUAAAAGCAAACUCCUGACAAUGGGUAGGGGAAAGAGGUUUUUCCCUCUCCUCAUCGUCCCCCGCGCGCUUUCCAUGAUUUUUCGAUUAUUGCUAUUUUUAUUAGGAUACCCAGCGGGAGCCUCUGCGAAGAAGAGAGGUUCAUUCUCUCUUGCAAAAGCUUUAAAUUUUGUUUUGAAGGCCCAGUUAAGACGCCGAACUUUUCAUGAGCCGGACCUAAUUCGAACAACAAUUUUAUUCUUUGUAGGCACAAGGAGUUAAAAAGGCUUGCCCCGCAAAUAGUUGGAAAGCUAGUCGUGCCGGGGCAAGCCAAGUACAUGAAUAACAUAUCUACUUAAAACGAAAACAAAACAUUAAUCUAUAAUUACAGUCAUACAAAAUGGUUUUAAGAGAAGUAGGUUGUAGAUAGAGGAAGAAUUCGUCAUGUAAGACCGGUGCACACAAAACACAGCCUAGUGCACACGUUUCGACCCAAAUCAUUUAGACCGGCUGAAUUGAUUGUGUCGCCGAACUUACUUCUAGCCGAACAAAAUUCAAAAGGCAAAACUCCAGGCUAAACAAAUAGAUUUAGGUAAAAGGAGCUGGUGAAAGAAGGCUAAGCAAUAGAUCGUAAGAAUGUAUUAUUUAUUUCCAACUUAAUUGUGUUCAGCUGGAUGAUUCCUCGUUUUGAUGAAUAUCCGUUGUAAUGCCCGCGCCGGCCUUUUAUCGGCACAUGAUGGCCUUAGCACUUUUUGUAAGUCGUAAAGCUUUGUUAUUGCUGCCUGAUUAUUUGUGGUGGUAAAAAGUUCUUGGUAGUAAGUUAUGAGGACACAUCUACCAAUUUUUCCGGAUGCUAAAUAAAUGGCACGCUAUUUCCGAGUAUGACAGGCAAACACUCACACUCUUUGUAUGAGUAAUUUCCGUUUUAUAUGCCGAGCGUGUACGUACUGACUAGGGUGACUACUAAUGGAGGCAAAAACUUCCGCAAACAUUUUAUCAGUUUUUACAUAAAAAGGCUUUACAAACCGUAGUCUAACAUUGCCAGUUACCUUCGUCAUAAACUUUCAGCAGUAACAAAACAAUUAAACAAUUUUUUUUUCAGUUUGGGAAGACGCCAAAUGAAUUUGAAUGUGCAUUAUGCAUGAUUAAAAAGGCGCAGCUAAUUUCUAGAUAAGAGUGCACAACGAACAGGGAAAAUUCCCAUCUUCUAAGCGGCGUCAAAUUGACGACUCUUGGCUACAAUAUUUUGAAUCAAAGAUUCAGUCGUUUUUAGCUAAAAUUUUUAAUUAAUUUUAAACGUAUUGGGAGCUCAACCUUUAUUAAUAGGACGAGUCACUCCUAUUUUUCAUGGUCACAAACAGUUAAACAAGCCGAACCGCCAGAGUAAGGCAACAGGUUCUGCGAAGAAAACAAUUCUUAAAAAUUAAAAACACCCAUAGAGAUUUUACCUCUACCCCGAGGUUUAACUUAAAUUUUGUAGUAAUUAUAUUUUUAAAAUUGUAGUUUUUCUUUGGGCACUUGCGUGUUUCAUCUACCGUUGCGAAUGCGUUCCAUAUCAGUAAUUAACCUGGACAAGGUGUUUAACUAAACUGUGCCUUUUAAACAAAAACCGUUUAUCUAUUAUUGCCCCCAAAAAACGCUUUUUUUCUAAUUAUUUUGUUGCUUGAUAAAUUUUGACUACCUGUUGUGUUGUUUCUUCUUUCCUUUGUGGCUCCCAAGCUGAUAAAUGGCUAUGACUAUUUUACACGUUUUAUUGCAACCGGUUUGUUUUGUCUUCAUUAGAAGUAAUCUUUAUUCCUGUCCACCAGAGAAUGUUCAAAGUCAGGGCCCAGUUGUUCGAAAGUCGAACAACUGGUUAGCGCUAACCCAGUGUUAAAUUUUAACCUGGGUUUCUUUUUCUUUUGUUUAAAAGCAUUUUGCUGGAGAAUUUUCUCCCUUCUUUUUAGAGCACCCAAUCAUCAAUUGUAGGCAAAAAGAAUACAACUGAAUUUGCUUCUCAAGCUUUCAUAUAUGAAAUCAAAUUUCGCACUGACCCUGGGUUAACUUAACCCUGCUUUGAACAACCCGGCCGAGGCCUACGUCACCUUCGUUCGUCCUUGUCUGGAAUACGCCUGAAGCGUAUGGGACCCACAUACUCAAAAGCAUUGCCAAGAUAUUGAAGGAGUACAACGGCAAGCCGCCAGAUUUGUAAAAAAAAUAAUUGCUAAGAGCGGGAACCCGGUACAGUCACUAAUCUCCUGCAGAACCGGCAUUCACUAGAACUGAGACGCAAAAUUGCACGACCGUACUAGCAUGUACAAAAUAGUGAACAAUAUAAUUAGGGUCAAUAUUCCGGAGUACAUUGCUGCGCACAAUCCCUGGGUUAUCUUAGCCCAGAGUUCGAAAAACCCGGCCCUGAACGAUUUGAACUGGCAUUCACCAGAGCUGAGACACAAAAUUGCACGACUUACCACCAUGUACAAAAUAGCGAACAAUAUAAUUAGGGUCAAUAUUCCGGAGUACAUUGCUGCACGUUCAACCCGUGUUACACGCUCUUGCCAUAGCAGCAAGUUAAGAAACAUUUUAGUAACAGCAAUAUGUACCUAUAGGUACAAUUUUUUUACUAGAACUCUAAAAGAAUGGAACACUUCCCUUUUUAUUAGAUCAGCCCUUCGUGGACGCAUUUAAAUCUGCUGUUACUAAUUAUUGAAUCUCCCUCAUUGACUUUAUACAUCAGUGAUUUUAUACAUCAUUUUAUUUUAUUAUUUAUUUAUUUAUUUAUUUAUUUAUUAUAUAUUAUUAUUGUCGUUGUUUUUUUUGUUUUGCACAUUCACAGUGAUAGGAAAAAAAUUGAAAAGCGCUCUACCGACUGAGCCAAUCCCGCUGCGGUACUUUCCUCACUCUAAAAUGUCACUUUUGGGUGUAAGAGUUUCAGGAUAUCAAUUGAGUUGUCCUAUUUUACCUGCGCGAAACCGUUACGUUGUAUCAAAUACUUGUUAUCAUUUUACAAAAAGCCCAAUAAAAGCAUCGCCGGUUUAAAAUACUUUUAUUGUUUUUUAUUGACAUUUUGUCGCUGGUUAAAUUUUCACUGCUCCUUUUCUGAUCUCAAAAUUGCUUAUUUUAUAGACGUAUAGCCGAAGAUUAAAUUUGCAAUGCCUGUAAAUUAAAACCUGUUUGCUCCAGUAGUUUUGAACACGUGUCGUUUCAGUUUGCUCCCUUUCAAGAUAGUUAUUAAUACAAUAAAACCUUCCAUGGUUUUGCGAAAAUCUGUCGAAAUGCAGAAAAAGAACGCCUUAAAAUACGUACAGAUGCCUUUGGGAGCGUUUUUUUUAACUGAACUCAGGAUGUGUUUAAUGAACUUCCGUGUUUUUAAUGAAACAAAACAAGAAAACAACCAGCUCCCUUUCAAGUGAGUUGUUAAUACUCUAAGAAUCACCUGACCGGAAGAGGAAAGUUGUUUAGGCUUAUCAGUAACAACAUGAAUUCAAUACUGAUUUUACAAAGUGCGAUUAACAACGUCGCGUCAACAGUCCGUGGCGUCAUACAUAAUCAGCUCAGCAUGAAAGAUGAGCUCUAUAAUUUAUAAGCCUUAUAGCAGCUACCUAACUGAAUGCCAAGGGGAUAAUUGCGACAUAGAGUCGGACUAUUCCAGUCAUGCGCUUGAGGUGCUUAUCUUGUUUUUCAAUCUGACCGUCUGAACACAGAAAGCUAGGAGAGCGAAGAGAUUUUAUAGUUUACAAUAUUGUUACUAAGGCUGACUAAAAGAAUAACAGACAAAUGAACUGUCGGCUAUUUGAGUGUCCAUGUAUUUAGCACGAAAGUAUUAAUUGAGGACACCAUUUGUACGUCUCAUACUGGAGAUGGGACAUACAUUUUAUGUGGUCAUCUGAGCCACGCAAAGGUCUAGAUAUUUGCAGCAGGGCAAAGACAGUUUCUUCAUUUCUCAGUCAUAUCAAGACCCUGAGUAUGGUCCCCCCCGGGAAUCAAACCCGCGACCUCACGCUCAAGCUGUCAAAGCGCCUUUCGACUGAGUAGCAUAAAGCGCCCCGGAAAGCUUGCUAGAGGGUCUCAAUGGCGUGGUAGUUUUGACGGUUGAUGGCGAAAUUUUUCCAAUUUUGACGGUUGACGGUUAAAGUUUAGAGCUUUUGACGGUUGACAGUUAUUAAAUGCAAAUUCAGUUUAAACUUAAAGUAAAUAUUAACUUCUGUCUGAAUUAAUAUUACUGUUGUGUUUUGGAGGUUGUCUUGGCGUUUUACUCUUGCAAUUUGGAAAUGCUUUCAGAUAUAAGCAGGAUGUUAGGUCUCGUUAUGUGUAGAAACGUGUUUCGAGAACAUGGGAACUGGUUUUUUCUGUUUAGAGAUUCCGGCUUCAGGAGCAGGAAACGCGUGCAUUUUUGACGGUUUACGGUUAAUUUUUAGGCUGUUUGACGGUUGACGGUUAAUCUCAUUGAGACCCUCAGCUCUUGCUAGUAGGCUACGCGGGACUGCGCUAAUCCUACCGCGGUUACUUUCUCUCUUGUUGAUUGGUCGGUGUCUUGUAACUUAGUAGACUGUUGUUGGAUAUCACUUGAUUUGUUCUAUUUCACCUGCUUUAAGCCAUUACUCGCACCAAAUACUUGUUAUCAUUAUACAAAAAAAGCCCAAUAAAAGCAUUCGCAGUUUGAAAUGCUUUUAUAGACAUUUUGUCCCUGGUUAAAAUUUUGACUUCCCCUUUUUUAAUCUCAAAAUUGCUUAGCAUAUUUUAGCCGAAGAAUAGAACACGCAUCGUUUCAGUUUGCUCCCUUGCAAAACAGUUAUUAAUACAAUAAAACCUUCAUGGUUUUCUUCAACCUUUUACAGGGACCAGUUAUGCAAAAUCUGUCGAAAUGCAUAUAAAGAACGCCUUAAAAUAAGUAAGGAUGCCUUUGGGAGUGUCCUCUUUAACUGAACUCAGGGUUUUCAUUGACUGACUACUGUGUCUUUAUUCAACUGCACAAAGAAGGCGAAAAACUGUUGAAAAAUAAGCCCUCUCCUUUCUCCCACAUUCUGCCUAGCUUAGUAUAAAUAUAUUAACAUGGGAUUUGAGUUUUGCUUCCUUUCGGCGGAGUGUCCUUUAUAUUUACUGAAACUCAGUAAGUUUUUAUUGAACUACAAAAGAAAAAACCAGCUCUCCUUCAAGUGAGUUCUUCACUAAGAAUCAGCUUAUUGGAAAUGGAAAGUUCUUUAGGCUUAUUAGUAACAACAUGAAUUCAAUUAUGUUAAUGAUUCAACAAAGUUCGGUUAAGAAAUGAUCGUCGCGUCAAUCAGCUCAGCAUGAAAGAUAAGCUCUAAAAUUUAUUGGUUUUUAUUGACGUCUGCCGUGUCAAGACUUCGCCGGGAGCAUGAAAUUUUUAAUUAAAGCCGGUUCCUGAUCAGGUAUAACUGAAUGCUGUGUUUGCUUUAAAGAGGCCAGCAAACAUGAACUCAACAACAGGGAAUGGAUCGAUCGAGUCUUCAAGCUGCUUUAGUAAAACGGCGUACAAAAUCGGACAAACCAUUGCUUUGAGUCUGAUCAUUGCUGUUUCACUGACGGGAAAUUCUUUCAUUGUGUUGAUCGUUUAUAAAACGCCAACCUUAAGAAAACCGAUAAAUUAUUUCAUCGCAAAUAUGGCCAUGUCCGAUCUGCUGUAUUCAAUAUUCUGGCCACCUACGCGCCUAUCAUUGAUACACAGCACAAACUUGUGGCUCAUCGGUGGUAAGUUUGGCCAGGCCUUGUGUAAGCUUGUUCUUUUCUUUACUGACGUUUCCAGUAUCGUUUCGAUUCAGAAUCUGGUUUUAAUAACAGUGGAUCGAUUUGUAGCCGUGGUAUUUCCACUCCGUUCUCCACUCAUCAGAUCCAAGCUGUGUCCGUUCUUCAUUUUCGGCACGUGGGUAGUCGCAGCGGCUUUCAUUUCGCCCUAUUUUUACAUCUACCAACUCGUUGAAUACUCAGGGAAAAGGUGGUGCGCCGUGAGACGGAAGAAAGUAUUCGGAGAGUCCUCGUCCCUUGCCGACUACCACUUGGCAGGUUCUAUUCUGUUUAUGUAUAUCCCUGUGAUGUUGUUGGUCCUUCUUUACUCUAUCAUCAUCAUCAAGCUCAAGACACAGUUACACCCCGGUGAACAGUCCGCGAACACUCAGCAACAGAGGAACAGACGAAACAGAAACGUGCUUCAAUUGUCCAUUGCUAUAGUGUUAGUUUUUGUGUUUUGCUGGUCACCUUAUGCUACUACCUUUUUAAUCAUAAAGUAUCGAGCCAGUUCCAUGCAUCAGUUUUCCUGUGGUUUUUGGCAAUACUAUUAUGUCACCUACUUUAUGGCAGUCGGGUACUGUGCUAUCAACCCGAUUAUUUGCUUUGUUUUUAGCAGUAAUUACCGAGAAGGUCUUAAAAGACUCAUGAACUGUUCUUAA